UAUUUAUAAAAUAAAUAUAAUAUAAUAUAAUAAUUAAUUGAUAUUUAUUUUAAGUCUUAAAUUAAUUUAUAAUUAGUAUGUAUAAUUCACCACCAUGCGGAGUAUCCAUAUGGAAACUAUCUAAUGCUUUUCGAUCCAAAGUAGGUCAAAGUUGACUCAUAACUUCAUAAGACUAUUUAUGACGGAGGUGUUGAAUACAAAUCCAACGGUUGAAUUAGCGCAGUGGAAGUAUUGAAUCUAGAUGUUAAAUGAGGUGAAUUAAUUAGUGUUGAAAGUAUUCAACAAGUACAAAUGAUUAUGAUGGAGGCACUUAACACAUGCUGUAUUCUCAUUUAUUGUUUGAUUUUUUUUUUUGCAUAUUUUGUGUUUAUUCUUAUUGUUUAAAAUCGUUUAGUUUAUAAAAAAACUGUUAAACCAAAAUUUAUAUUUCUUUAUUUUACAAAAUAAAUCUAAGUUUUGAAAAAUAACCGCAACAUCUUUUCAAAGUUUUCACUCGUUAAAUUCUUUUUGUUGUAACAUAACACGUAUUUUGAUAUAAAAUAUCAAACUAUUUAAAAAAAUAUUCACAACAAAAUGCAUCGCAGAUUUACAACAACAAAAAAAAAGAUAACGUGUUCCAAAAAUAUAUUUUUAACAAAGAAAAAAUUAAAAGGUGAAAAAGAACUAGAAGGCAUAUGGUGAAAAUAAGAUAGCACGUCUUCUAUUUUGGCACUAAAAUGACAUUGUUUGUUUUUGCAAUAAAAUCAAACCGUUGUCAUGGUAAUAAAGACACCCUAAGCCUCAACAAAGAGACACCAAGCCUCAGACUCAAAGAACAACCAAAUAAAAUAAAAAUCCAAUUUCUUACAGUAUUCUCAUAAAUCAAUAAACAAGGAAUACUUUUAUAGGAUAUCUAAGAAAUUAAAGAGUAUAAGUAAAUAGCCAAACUGCAAAAGGGUAACCUUUUUUAACAAAAAAAAAAACAUCAGACAAACUUUGAAAACAAAUUCAAGUGGGAUAAAAUCAACCUAUUAAAACAAAAUUCACCGUAAUAUCAUUGUAUAUUUACGAAAAUGCUAACACAAUUUUGGCUGUACGAAUAUCUUUCAAAUGAUCAAAAAAAAGACAAAAUAUGUUAAUAAGCCCUUGAAAUGUAUUGGUAACAAAGAGACACUAUAAGCCUCAACAAACACCAUUAGAUAAAAAAAAAAAAUCCAAAGAGACACCAAGCCUCAGAGUCAAACCCAUUUUUACAGUGCAUCAAUAAAAAAGGAAUACUUUUAAAACUCUUGUUUUGCCCGCUGAAAAAUCAUGGGCUGUUGCAACUCAUCGCCUUCCAUGGAAGAUCCUCCUCCACAGAAUGUUCAUCAAAACCAUGGAGGAAGUGAUUCACAAAUAACAAAGUUUUCCUUCUCCGAUCUAAACAAGGCCACCGAAAAUUUUUAUUUGAAAAAUAUUGUUUCAGAGAACGGAGGGGAAACCUCUGAUACCGUCUACAAGGGGCGUUUGCAUAACGGUGGCUUCAUUGCUGUUAAGAAAUUUAUGAAUAUGGCUUGGUCUGAUUCUAACCAAUUUGUGGAGGAGGCACAUAGAGUUGGGAAGUUAAGGCACAACAGUGUAGUAAAUUUGAUUGGAUAUUGCUGUGAUGGAAAUGAAAGGCUUCUUGUGGCAGCCUUCAUGCCAAAUGAUACUCUUGCUAAGCGUUUGUUCCAUCGGAAAAAUCAAACCAUGGAGUGGGAAAUGCGGCUGAGAGUAGCGUUUUGCGUAGCUCAAGCAUUGGAUUUCUGUAGUGGUGGAGGCUUUACAUCUUACAAUAAUUUAAAUGCUUACUCGGUUCUGUUUAAUGAGGAUGGUGAUGCUUGUCUAUCCUGUUUUGGGUUGAUGAAGGAGUUCAAAGAUGAUCAAAGAGCAACCGGAAGUGUGAACUCUGAAAGUUUGAUAUUUGGAUUUGGUACUCUCCUUAUGAAUUUGCUAAGUGGAAAGCAGAUUCCUCCAAGCCAUGCUCCUGAAAUGAUACAUGGCAAGAGUGUUGUUGAGCUGAUUGAUCCAAACUUGAAAGGAAAGUUCUCUGCCGAAGAAGCCACCAUAAUUUUCAAACUCGCUUCUCAAUGUUUGCAGUACGAGGAUAUAGAGAGCCUAAAUACAAAAGACCUUGUUACAACUCUUGAAACAUUGCACACUAAAACAAACGCCUUAUCUUAUGGAAUGCUUGAAAUGGCAAAGCGUCAAGAUGUAUCUUUGAAUCAACUUUCGACACUAGGAGAUGCCUGUUUGAAAAUGGACCUCAAAGCUAUUCAUAAAAUCUUGGUGAUGGCAGAAGAUGACAAGGAACUCGUCGAGUUCUCUUUCGAAGAAUGGUUAGAAGAGGUAAAAGAUAUUCAAGAAGUUCGAAAGCACGGUGAUCAAGCCUUCCUAGAGCAAGACUUCGAAACUGCCAUUGACUGUUAUUCCCAGUUAAUUGAAUCUAGAAGAAUGGUGUACCCAAGUGUUUAUGCUAGGCGUUGUCUAUGCUAUUUAUUCUGCAAUCAACCAGAUCGAGCACUUAAAGAUGGGAUGGUUGCUCAACAACUAUUCCCUGAUUGGCCAACUGCCUUCUAUUUGCAGUCUGUGGCACUAUCCCAAUUAAACAUGAUCACUGACUCUGCUGAUACUUUGAAAGAAGCAACUCUUCUUGAAGCAAAGAGACAGCACCAGGAGAAAGAAUCUUGAUUUUUCAGAUUUUUAUACUUUCGUUUUUUAUUAAUUGAGGCAUUUUUUUAACACAAAUCAUGCUUUUUAUUAAUUUUAUUAAGGAAAACUGAUUGUUGACUACAAUAUUGGCCAUCACAUGGCUAACCAUGCAAACUAAACUAUUGUAUACCCACACAAAGUAUAUGUUAUGCAUGACAAUAUCCUUCAAUUUUACCAUGUUAUGUAGUUAACAUCACGAGUUUAGUUUCAUUCAUCUGAAAACUGAUAUGGAUAUUAGAGAUCGUUUAAAUACCUUGUUUCAAUAGUUAAAAUAUGACCGACCCGACUAUAAUUUAACACACGAAGUAUAUGUGCAGGACAAUAUCUUUCAACUUUACAAUGUUAUGUAGUUAACAUCACGAGUUUAAUUUCAUUCAUCCGAAAACUGAUAUGGAUAUUAGAGAUCAUUUAAAUAUCUUGUUUCAACAAUUAAAAUACGACCGACCCGACUAUAAUUUAACUAAAAUUAGAUUUUGACCCACAUUUUAAAAGCGUAAAAUUAGUGUUUUAACAUUUUUAUUUUAGUAUUUUAACGAUUUAAUUUUAGUAUUUUAACAUUUUUAUUUUAGUGUAUUUUAAAACUAUAUAAUUGAAUUAUUUUUAUUUUUCUUAAUCUGUUUUUUUUAAUUAUUUUAAUAUGUUUAGUUAUGAACUUUUAAUAAAAAAUUUGUAAUUCGUUUGAUUAAUUAUGUGAUAUAUACUUCUUUGAUAAUUUUUAAUUAUAAAACUUAUUUGCUGUCAAUUUAUUAACUCUAACAUUUUAUUUGUAUAAAACUUAUGUGAUGUCAACUUAAGCCAAACAUAAUUUUGCGUAUAUAAUUAUAAAUAUAUACUUUUUAGGCAAAAAUAAUCAAAGAAUAAGAAUCUAAUAUGGAAAUUUUACUAAGUUUAAAUGAAUUUAAUUUUCUUUAAUGAAAAAUAUAUAAAAUAAUUCAUUAACUUAAUAAUUUCAUAUCAAACAAAUAAAUUUUUAGUCAAUAAAUUGACAUCAAAGAAGUUUUAUAUUAAUUUUCUUUGUCUAAUAAGUAUAUAUCACAAAAUUAAUCAAACGAAUUACAGAAAUUUUAUUAAAACUUCAUACCAAAACAGAUUAAAAGAAUUAAAAACUAAAUUAAAUAAUAUCUUAUAUAACUUUUAUAUGUAAUAAAAAUAAUAUAAUUAUAUUGCUUUAAAAUAAACUAAAAUAAAAAUGUUAAAACACUACUUAUCAAAAUUUAUAAAACAUAUUGAUUUUGUAAAUUAGAUAUUGUAAAUUAAAUUUCUACGCUUCUAAAACACGAGUCAAAAUCUAAUUUAGGUAAAAUUACUGUUAGUUAUGUCACAUUUUAAUUGAUGAAACGAGAGAUUUAAACGGUCUUUAACAUACUUAUUAUUUUUUUGGAUGAAUGAAAUUAAACUCGUGAUGUUCACUACAUAACAUCAUAAAGUUGAUGGAUGUUUCCAUACAUAAUAUAUACUUCAAUUUGUUUAGUUUGCAUGGUUAGCCAUGUGAUGGUCAAUACUUCAUGUAGUCAACAAUCAUUUUUCUUUUAUUAACUGAGGCAUUAAUGUGUAAAUUCUGAUAUAAGAAACUUAAAAAAUAGUUUUGCUUACUCUCUAACAAAGAUAGCUUUUGUGAAAAUGGAGAAAUUAAAUUCUUGUCUUUUAGUCUAGUUUCUACUUUGUGUGAAGAUUUAAUGUUUUGCAAUGGAGGUUGCAUAGAAACUGAUUUGCUUACUCUCUAACAAAGGUUAAGUGUAUAUGUAUUAUGCAUUAAACUAGAACAUAGACAACUACAAUUUUAGCGACCCUCUUGUCUAUGAUCUACAUUAUCUCCAUCCAUAAAAAUCAAGAACAUGAAUACCUAAGUGUCGCAAGAAAUGGAUGUGUCGAAGUUUGUCACAUAAUUUAGUGAGACAAGAUCCGAGGUUUGCAAUACGGAGGUUUGUACUUGUGUACAUGUAAUUAUGAGAGUUAUUAUUAUUUUCCAACAAUCCUUACAGCUCAUUGUUGUACUCCAUAAACAACCGUUUUGGUUCGGACACAUCAUCGACAUGUCUUAUUGUCACUCGUGCAAAUAUGCAAUAAGGAACAUGAUUUUAAUGGAGAACUGAGCUGUGAGGAUGGUUAGAGAGAGACAGCAGAUAAUAAGGAGAUCUUGAUCCAUUACUUUUAUAUUACAUGAGAUGCCUUUUGUAACCAGGUAAAAGACACAUUACACAAACAUUUUAUUAAUGAUUUGAAUAUUUUAAGCACCAAUAGAUUCCUCUUGUCUCUCUUCCCUUGCUGUAUAUAUAGGCAUGGGCACGGAUCGGAUAUCCAGGUUUUUUGAAGGUAUUUGUGAUUUGAUUCGUAUGUCACGGAUAUUUAAUUUUUCGAUUAAAUACGGAUAUUCGGAAAAACGGAUAUCCGGAAAAUAAAUAGAUAUUUGCGGAUAUUUACGAAUACUUACGGAUAUCUCAAAAGUUUUGAUUAAUACAAAUAAUCUUAUAAAUUUACGAAUACUUACGGAUAUCUCAAUAUUAAUUAUAACAUGCAUUAAUCUUAUAAAUAAAUGUAUUUAUCUAAAAUACUAUUAGUUAAAUAAAUGACAUUAAUGGAACAUAAAUGCAUUUUAAUAAAUUUUUUAAUCUAUACUAUAUUAAAAGGGAUAUAUGAGCUCCAUUGAGCCUAUCCACCUCAGCAUGGAAAAUCAUCCAAUGGGAUGGGUUCUUUUUGCCACGUCAUUCGUUCAUUCACACAACAUACGGACCUCUCCGUUUCGUCUUCCUCCCAUUACACCACUUCCGAUUCUCCUUCGCCUCCACAUCUAAGUCUCAUAAAAUUCAUGUGCUUAUCAUAACCCAAACGACAUGAAUCUGUUCCGAUGGAAUAAACCCUCUAUUGGUUUGUUAUGGCUAACUCGAGAAGGAGGGGAAAGCGGCGUGGAUGGAGAUGGCGGCGGCGGUUACGUCGGAGUCAGAGAAAUUGAGAUUGGUUUUGACGCCGGAGCAAACCGUGUCCCAGAGAUCCGGAGUGAGGCGUGUGGAUCUGAUGAGGUCGAAGGCUAGCUUCUUGCAAACGGCUGACGCCGGAGAUGCGACGAUCUCCUCCACUGCGGAAUUGGCGAUCACCGAAAAGUCCCGUCCGGUGGCAGAUUGUUAGAGAGCGGAUGAUUGGCUAAGGGCGUCAUUCGAACGGAGAUCGGCCUGUAUCGGCCUGGAACGGAGGUUUGCCUCAAUCAAGUUUGUGGUUUCAAAGAAACCUGAUGGUCUAUAUCCUGUUGUUAGUGGAACAGGUAAUGUCGCUAAGGUAAAUAUGUUAUGUAUUCGCACUAUCUAUUGUCAAUAUUUUCACUCGCUAAAGGUCGACGAAAAUAUAUAUUCCUGCUCAGGUGACAAGAGACAGAGCAUAAAGAGUAUAUGGUAAAGAAAAACUGGAGAAAACAUAAACAUAUAAACUUUGGUUCUGGAUAUUCUAGAGGUAUAUUAUGUUUAUUGCUCAAAUAUUUAUCUUUUAGUAACCAUUAAUACAGUAAUAUGUUUGUCAUAAAAAUGUAGAUCCUGAGACAAAUCAUGGUUAGAAAAUAAAAGUUAAUGAAUACAUAUCCACUGUGAGGAAUAAAUAUAGGAGAGGUGUUGCUGCACAGUAGGAGGGUUUUCUCUGGUGUUACGUCCUAGCGGAAGCAAGGCACCUUGCUUUGAUUUGGGCCAUUGAGAGCAUGGCAUCUCACAGGCUGAAUAAAGUAAUUUUUGAAACUGAAGAUGCAGAUUUGGUGGGUGCGGUGAAAAGACCGAGGGCGUGGCCAUUUUAUCGUGCGUAUGCUAUGGAGAUAAAAACUGCGCUGAGUAAUAUGCAUGAGUGGGAAUUGGAGGUGGUAUCAAGGAAAUCGAAUAUGAUCACCUUUUUGAUCGCAAGAAGUGUCACCAUGGAUAUGAGGUUGCAGUCGUAUGUUGCAAGGGGAGAGGUUGCUUGGCUGAGGGGUUUGUUUGCAGAAGAACGACUAACUUGCUAAAGGUAUUGAUAUGAGGAAAGGGGAUUAUGUUGGUGGGGUGAUGUCUAUGUUUUGUGGUGGGAAGACGUGAAUGAGUCUCAGGCUCUGUUCUUUUUGGGUGCUGUUUUAAUUUUUGGAUUGCUCUCAUGAGACUUUGGUUAUUAUUUAUCAUCAAAUAUACGUAUUUUCAUAGGAAAAAAAUCACAGAUUCACAAUCAUCAAUCUCAUAAUAUAUAGAAAUUUAAAACCAAUUUGAAUUA